GGGAACCUCUAGAUUUCACGGCAAUGGCAGCAACUUCAGUGCUACCUGUUGAUUUAAAUGCAUUCAUACUGGGGAUGGAACAUGAUAUAGCUUUUUUUGCUGAAGUUAUUGGAGAUAAAAGUACUUUUGAGCGCUUUGUCAUGGCUUCUGAAGCAAGAAAAGAAGCGAUAACCUCAAUAUUUUGGAAUGAACAGAAGGGACAAUGGCUUGACUACUGGCUUAAUUAUAGCAACUCAUGCUCGGAGCCUUACAUAUGGGACACAUUAAACCAGAACCAGAAUGUAUAUGCAUCAAACUUUGUUCCUUUGUGGAUUAACCCAUUCUACUCAGAUGCUUCAAUGGUACGUAAAGUCGUGAACAGUCACAAGCAUUCAGGUUUACUUCAGGCAUCGGGGAUUGCAACUUCCUUGCAGAAUUCAGGACAGCAGCGGUUUGUAGUUGCAUUUUUGCGUGGACCUUAUUUGAAUCUAUGAUAUUUACAAAAUCUC